CCAUGGCUCUCCAACAAGACACCCCAAGCCCCUUAUGCCCCCCCCCCCCCCCCCCCCCCCCUCCCUCCCUACAAAAGAAAACACAUCCCUAAAGGUCAAGGAUCUGCUCCACCAAGGCUCAAACGAGUAGAACUUAGAAAUAUGAGGAAACUAUUCGCCAGAUUAUCCCAAGCUCCAGGAAAACCAGCCGAUUCAUUGGUCUGGUUACCCGAUAAAGCAUGCAACUUCUCAACAAAAACAGGAGCCUCCCCAAUCACCCUGUCACCUAUAUACGCACAUGUGGAUCCAGAUUCCAGAAGCCUCUUGCAGUCUCUCCACAAAUCCAAGAACUCUCCUUCGUCAGGACUAACAGAGACUCCACUUUACCCUUGGAUCCUCUGGUAUCUCUGGAAAGCGCGAAACAAACUUGUCUUCGAAGAGAUCAGCACUAUAUGCCCAGAUCUGGUGGAAAAAGCCUCUUCGGAAGCCCUUACCUGGCAAGCGGCAAACACCGAAGCGACCCCAAAGCACUCACACUCCUCCAAGCGAAAUAGGACCGUCGCUCCUCCCACUGUCCCAACUUGCUACACAGAUGGAGUGUGGAACCCAGUAUCCAAAUUUGGAGGCAUGGGUUGGAUUAUCGUGGAUCCAGUGGGAGACACGAUCCGGGAGAACUCCUCAUCAAGACGUUUUGUAGCUUCAGCGCCGACAGCAGAAGCCUUAGCAGUCCUAGGCAGCCUACGAGACUCCAUAUCGCUCGAGAUCAAGGACAUGCACAUCAAGUCAGACUCGGAAGUCCUCAUCAACGCCCUCACUGGAGGAUCGGAAUUGCUAGAGAUCGCAGGGAUCCUUGACGAUAUAAGGAGCCUUGUUCCUCUCUUCAUUUCCAUAGCGUUCUGCAAACUCUUUAGCAGAUGGGCUGGCAAAAUCAGCCUUUUGUCUCUUAGCUCAUUGGACCCUGUC